GGUUCAUGCUAGAUCUAGUUCUUCCUCACGCGUGCGCGCAGAGGCUAGCGGGACCUAGGGCACCGGCGAGGAUGAGCACCAGCAGCGAUGCCGUCAAAGCCCAGGCAUUGGAGCUCCUCGCAAGCGCCGAGCGCCUCCCCCGCCUCGUUGUCUUCGAUCUCGACUACACGCUGUGGCCCUUCUGGUGCGAAUGCAUGUCAAAGCGAGAUAAUCCGCGGCUCUAUCCCCAGGUGACCGGGAUUCUCAGCGCGCUCCAGGAGAAAGGCGUCGCCAUGGCUGUGGCGUCGAGAACUCCCACACCCGACAUUGCCACCGCCUUCCUCUCCAAGCUCAACCUUGCCACUCUCUUCUUCCCCAAGGAAAUCUACCCGAGCUGGAGCCACAAGACCGAGCACUUCCAAAAGAUCCAUCAAAAGUCUAGCACGCCUUUCAAGGACAUGCUCUUCUUCGAUGACGAGCAACGCAACAUAAAAGCAGUUUCACAAAUGGGCGUCACAAGCAUUCUUGUGGACGAGGGCGUCAACCUGGAAGCUCUCCGGCAGGGGCUCAAGGAUUACACCAAGAAAUAGCUCAUCGAUUCGAGGUUACAGGUAAGGAGAAAUCUAAAUGCAUAGGCAGUAGGAGCGUAUCUUGAGUGUCACUCUUCUAAACAGUGGAAGGCAAAACAUCUCCACCACUUCGUACUUCUUGUACACUACCACCCAUUCGCUUGUGGGACAGCCCAUUCUUUCUUCCUCGUCUUCAUCGCUCGACGACUCAAGCCUCUCUCAUUUCAUCUCUAUUCUUGCAUUCUUUGCCCCUCUUCAUUUUCAUCACCACCAUUGUAUUCUUUGCUCGAUUCCUUCUUUUCUUCCUUCUUUUCUUCGUAGGGUGUGUAUAUCCAAGAUGUUGGAGUUCCUUUAGCAUUCUGUUUCGAGAGAGUUAGAUUCGUGAGAGAAGAAGCAAACACUAUGGGAGACCUCAAGCAAUGGCGCAUCCUGAGAGCUGCGACUCGAGCAAAGAAGAGAUUGAUUGGAAUGGAAGAAAAGCAUGUGAAAUCUGCCAAGGCGGAUAAGCUCGGCAUCUUUUCCUGGAAAGAAAGCAUGGAGAGAUCGAGGAGAUCCAAUUCCAUAGAA